UAGGGUUGCUCUCUUAAAAAAAAAAACUAAGGUGGCUGCAGGCUGCAGCACUGCUCGUCUAACCGCCGCCUCCUGUUCGUCUCCUCUUCCUGCCGCUCCCUCCCUCUCUCUCCGACGGAUGCUGCUCCACCGGCCGCUCCUCUGUCCGCUGCCGCCGUCACAUAUCCGCCCCUCUCUCGGUGUGGAGUUGAGAUCCAUCCGGACGUGGACUGGUUUCGUUCUUAAUUUCUGUUGGUUUUCAAACUCCUCCAGCACAUUAAUAUGCCUCUUCGCAUAUCCUGGACCAAAGCGUACACAUUCUGGCUUUGGAACAAGUAAACUUUUCAACCAUCAACUACUACCCAGGUCCGACGUUCAACUUGCAACUCCAAAACUGUUCACGUUAUGACAUUCAACUUUGGAGUUGCGGGACAAAAAUCAAACCGAUGCAUUGAGGAUUGAAAUGUGGACUAGAUACUUUCAACUUUUAUACUUGAUUGUUUCGGGGAUACAGGCGCGGGUGUUGAAAUGACUCAGGUGUGAGCGUUCGAUUUAACAAAUUUUAAAAAAUAUGAUUCGGAGAUUCGUCUAAUGUAUAUUAAAUUUUAUAAUAUAAAAAGUAGAAACUCAAAUUAUAAAUUUUGUACUAUUCUGUCACAUUCCAGACUGGUCCAUAUGUGACCGAUCCACAAGUAGAUGCAUCAUAUGUUUAAAAAGAAAAAAAAAGAAAAAGGGAAUACAUUAAAGGAAGAGCUGGGCUAUGGGUCUGCCAUUUGCUGGCUCAUCCAGCUCACUUACACAUACGAGCUGCUCUAAACCCUCCCGAGUCCCGAGUCUACUGCUCACAUAUGCAGUAGGCACCAGGCAGCAUCGCCUCUCUUUCCUCCUGGCUCGCCUGAACUGAAAUCACUCGCCACUGGCCAUCUAGGACUCGCAAAAUCGGUGGCCUGUGUCCUCAUCUCUCCAGUACUCUCGGUUUCCCUGGAAACCAUCUUUGUUGAUCUGACUGCCCCUGCAGACUACGCCGCCACGGCUGUGGUUCUCCGUCUCCGAUGCCGGCAGCCUCCCAGCCCUUCUCCAUCUUUCCAUCCUCUCUUCUCGCGUCCCCAACCCUCCUCCAUCUCCUCACAAGGAUUUUUUUUGCCUUCAACGCGGCUCCAUGGUGUCUUAUGCGUGUCGACGCGCCAAAAGUUUUCGGACAUGUGGUAAUAAAACAUAGGCUCAAGCAUAAUAUGCAUAAAAGUGAACUAAAGAAUUUUGGCAUCUUCGUCAUGGAUGCUAGCAACUAAAGAAGGCUGAUACAAACAGUGUCAGAAAUGCAUCAAGUACGGUUAGUCCGUACAGAAGUGGAUAUUUGCAACAAACAUAUGAAGGCAACUCAACCAUGCCACCAUUCCUACUUUGAGCUCAAUGAAUCUAUGCAACCAAUCCCUUGUUUCUCGUUUUGCCUUACAUCCCAUCUACAUUUCCUUUUUACUUUUAUAUUCUUUUCACAUCAUUAAUGUUACAGAUUUCUCUUGGGCCUAAUCAUUAUAGAAUAUAAACUUUUUGUAUCAGUUCAUUAUUUAACCAACCAAGUCUACAAAUUUGAUUAGGGAAGCAAGAUGUUCACUUAAAUGAAGAUUUAGCACAGUAAAAUAUAGGAUUGCAAAUGUUAACCUCGAUGUGAAAAAACCCUCUUUCCCAGCAAGUUCCAAGAUCCAUCAAAUCCAAAUCCCUCACAAAUACCACCAAGGGUGACAUCGUGCUUAAUCAUUUUCAUUUUUUUACCAUUUUAUUUGAUUGAUGAAGCGAACUAUUUAACCACAAAUAUAGGCUCUAUUAGUCUAUAAUAUGUAGUACAUUUGUACGUGUUGACUGAUAUGGUAUAUCCUGAUUCCAGCAUCGUGUGGGCAGACGUAUGACUUUCAGUACUGUGCAAUCUAAAGUUGCUACAGUUGGGAUCGACUUCGGAUGCAAAAGUUCAAGAGUUGCCAUCAUUGACACCUUGGUGCCAAAUGUUAUUGCCAGUGAAAUUGGGAAUCUCAUGCCAUCGUAUGUUACAGUGAUACAGCCAAGUUCUUUUGUACCCUGUAUGUGGGGCCUGCAAAAUUCGGACUAUAUAGGCAGACGUGUUGCAGUUGGAGAAAUUGCAAAGCGCCAGAUGUUGAGACAUCCUUCAGAUGUUAUCUUCAACACAAAGAAAUUGAUUGGGAAGAAAUUUGAUGACUACCAUGUCCAAGAAAUGAGGAAUAAGGUCCCUUUUGGCAUUGUUGAAGGACCAAGAGGAGAAGCUUGGGUAGAAGUACAUGGAAUGAAAUUUUCUCCUGUUGAAAUGACCAGAGCCAUAUUUGCAAAGCUGAAGGAUAUUGUUCAGAUGAACCAAUUUCACCAUGUAUUUAAAGUGGUGAUAAGUGUGCCUGCAUUCUUUAGUGGACAACAAAGGGAGGACAUAAAAUCAGCAGGGAAUAGAGCAGGCUUUGAGGUAUUGCAACUAAUUGAUGAGCCUAUUGCAGCUGCUCUUUCUAGCACAACUGUGAAGGAAGGUGUAGUUGUUGUUUUUGGCAUGGGUGCUGGAUCAUACAGUAUCUCAAUCCUUCACGUGUCUGGUACUAAUAUUGAGACCAAAGUUCAAUUUGAUGAACCCUCUGUGGGUGGAGAUCAGUUUGACGAUAUCCUCUUGGACUAUUUUGUUACUGAGGUCAUCAGACUUCAUUCAGUUGACAUCCGCGAAGAUAAACAUGCUAUAGCGAGACUUGUUGAAGAGGCUGAAAAAACUAAAGUGAGAUUAUCAACAGAACCUGAAGUUAGAGUGUCAAUCCCUUGCCUCACUGGAUCUGCUAAUGGCCCUAUUGAUCUUAACAUUACUGUUUCUCGCGCAAAAUUCGAGAACCUAGUUGGUCAUUUGGUGGAGCAAAUUCAAGUCAAGUGCCAGAACAUUGUGAAAGAUGCUAAACUUACUGACAAGGAUAUUCGUGAAAUUAUAAUCAUGGGGGGGAUGACGAGAGUUCCUAAGAUACAGGGAAUUAUCCAUGAAGUCUUUGGCAAGCAGCAGAGCACAAGGGUGAACCCUGAGGAAGCUGUGGUUAUUGGUUCUGCACUACAAGCUGCUCUAACCAUAGAAGAUCAACGCGAGAUGAGCACGAACAUGAUUCCACUCUCUAUCGGAGUCGAGUCCGCGACAGGAGUUUUCAUGAGGAUCAUUCCAAGGCACACCACAAUUCCUGCCACACGGACCAUAAAGAUUCCUGCAUGGUGUAGAGAGUGCCUUCGUAUCAGAAUUUUUAUGGGUGAGCACAUAAUGGUUCAGCACAAUAAACUCUUGGGAGAGGUAGAGGUAUGCAAUAAUCGAAGGCCAUAUCAAGGUCCUGAUACUUUUGAAUUGACAUUUGAAAUUGACAAGGACAACGUGGUAAAAGUAGCUGCUAGAAAUAGUGAUGAUCAGCUUGAAGUUGCUAGUGACGUAAAGAAAGCAGUCAAGGUGUUUCCAAUCGAGAUGGUUUGUAAAUCCAAUGUCAAAAAUGCUGUUGAAAAUGCUUUACUGGACUGGUCGAUGCACAUUAUAGGGAUCCAUGCACGUUUGAGAAACUUGGCAAGACUUAUUAUGAAUACUCUUAAUGAUGUCUUGUCCGUCAGAAAGGAUGAACUUCCUAAGCACCUCUGUGAAGACGCGGUGAAAGCGUUAAUUGAUUUGCGGAUGACACUGGAGGAAGAUGUUGAUGUUGACGUGUUGAAACGUAAGAUGCAUGCUGCUCAAUCUGUUGAGUCAAAGAUGUUGCGUUGGAAGCUGCCGUCAGACUCCACGAAUGUUAUUGCGAGCUAGCGCCGGGUGAAUUCCAAAAUAUUCACGUUCUUCUAUUUAUAGCUUGUAAAUAGUUGUAAGAUUUGUAAACUUAUGGCGACUCUUUUCUUUUUUAGCCUGUUGUUAAGAUAGGUAGUUCCGAGGGCAUAUGAAUUUUCUGGAAGAUUCUGGAGUGAUCUGGGACUUUUCUAGGACUU